GGGGGUACACAACAUUUCAGACCAGCCGCCUCUGGUCCAGGCCAUAUUUAAUAGAAAUGCAGAAGAAGUGAAGUUAUUUUUGCACAAGAAAGAUGAAGUCAAUGCACUGGACCAAGAGCGCCGCACACCUCUUCAUGCUGCUGCCUGGCUGGGGACGUUCAUAUAAUGGAGCUUCUCAUCACCGCAGGUGCGAAUGUCAAUGCAAAGGACCAUGUGUGGCUUACUCCAUUGCACAGAGCAGCUGCUUCCAGAAAUGAGAGAGCUGUUGCGCUGCUGCUAAGGAAGGGAGCUGACGUUACCGUGCGGGAUAAAUUCUGGCAGACACCACUGCACAUUGCGGCGGCCAACCGAGCCAUGCGUUGCGUCGAGACCCUGCUGCCCCAUGUGAGCAGCCUGAAUAUGGCCGACCGCACAGGCAGAGCGCCCCUGCAUCACGCUGCUCAGAGUGGAUACCAGGAGAUGGUUAAAUUGCUGCUGAACAAGGGAGCCAAUCUGAGUGCCAGUGACAAGAAGGAUAGGCAGCCCAUUCAUUGGGCAGCUUACCUUGGACAUCUGGAGGUGGUUAAGCUGCUGGCGUCUCAGGGCUCAGAUAAGAGCUGUAAGGAUAAGCGGGGAUACACCCCUCUCCACGCUGCUGCUGCCAGUGGCCACGUCGAUGUGGUCAAGUACCUGUUACGCAAUGGAGCCGAGAUUGAUGAGCCUAAUGCCUUUGGAAACACUGCUCUCCAUGUGGCCUGCUACACGGGACAGGAGGCCGUAGCCAACGAGCUGGUCAACCGUGGGGCCAACGUCAACCAGCCCAACCACCGCGGCUACACGCCCCUGCACCUGGCUGCCGUGUCCACUAACGGGGCUCUCUGCCUGGAGCUGCUGGUCAACAAUGGUGCUGAUGUCAACAUGCAGAGUAAAGAAGGGAAAAGCCCUUUGCACAUGGCAGCCAUUCAUGGACGUUUCACUCGCUCUCAGAUCCUCAUACAAAACGGUGGGGAGAUAGAUUGUGUGGACAGAUAUGGCAAUACACCACUUCAUGUUGCUGCCAAGUACGGCCACGAGCUGCUUAUCAGCACCUUAAUGACAAACGGUGCUGACACAGCCAGACAAGGGAUUCAUGGGAUGUUUCCUCUACACUUAGCUGUGCUCUACGGGUCCUCUGACUGUUGUCGUAAACUACUUUCCUCAGGUCAGCUCUACAGCAUUGUGUUGUCAAUGAGUAAAGAACACGUGCUCUCGGCCGGUUUUGACAUCAACACCCCAGACAACUUUGGGAGGACCUGUCUACACGCUGCUGCCUCUGGAGGGAAUGUUGACUGUCUCAACCUGCUCUUAAGCAGUGGAGCUGACAUGAAUAAGAAGGACAAGUUUGGAAGGACUCCUUUGCACUAUGCGGCUGCUAAUGGGAGGUAUCAGUGUGUGGUGGUUCUGGUAGGAGCAGGGGCGGAGGUCAAUGAGCGUGACCGCUCUGGCUGUACACCUCUACACUACUCGGCUGCAUCGACUGCCUUCUGCAGAAUGGACCGACCCCAUGCCAGCACCCAUCAGAACCAAGAGGAUGGGGAGAAGGAAUCCUUCCUUUGCGUGGAGCAUUUGUUGGAUAAUGGCGCUGAUCCAUCUCUGUGCAACACUAAAGGAUACAGUGCUGUGCAUUAUGCUGCAGCCCACGGCAACAAACAAAACCUGGAGCUGCUUUUGGAGAUGUGCUUCAACACACUAGGAGACAAGGAGAGCAACGGGUCCAUCAGCCCACUACACUUGGCGGUGGAGUCUGGUCACUGGGAAUGCGUCACCGUGUUAAUCGAGUCUGGAGGGUAUGUGGAUGCCUGUGACCCGGUGGGGCGCUCUGUGCUAUACGUAGCUUCUCAAAGAGGACAUGUCCGCUGCGUAGAGCUGCUCCUCUGCCAAUCAGCAUCUUGCCUGCUCACAGAGCACCGAAGCAAAUGGGGCCCUCUUCAUGUUGCAGCUGCCAACAGCCACUCAGAAUGUCUGCGGAUGCUGCUCUGUAGCGAGGGGGGAGCCGAUCUCGUUAAUGUUACAGAUGCAGAGGGACAAACUCCACUAAUGCUGGCAGUGCUGGGGGGACACACUGACUGCGUGCAUCUGCUGCUGGAGAGAGGAGCUUGUCCUGAUGUGAGAGACAGGAGAGGAAGAACAGCCUUACACAGAGGGGUGGUGAUGGGUCGGGAGGACUGUAUAACCGCCCUGCUGUCCCACAACAUCUCAGUCCUCAGCAAAGAUUUUCAGGGGCGAACCGCGGUCCAUCUAGCUGCCUCUUGCGGCCAUGCUGACAUUCUCUCCAGUCUACUUUCUGCUGCUGACCACACCCACCCCCACGACCCAAUCACAGACCUCCACGGCUACACACCCACACACUGGGCAGCCUAUCACGGUCAUGAAGACUGUUUGGAAGUUUUACUUGAACUUAAACCAUGUAGUAUCCAGGAGGGAAACCCCUUCACCCCACUGCACUGUGCUCUCAUUAAUGGCCAUAGUGGUUCUGCAGAGCUGCUGUUGGACUCCAGUGUUUGUAAUUCGCUGGUAAACAUCAGGGAUGCCAAAGGAAGGACCCCACUUCACGCGGCCGCAGCUGCCGAGGAUGUGGCUGGGCUGCAGCUGGUUCUGCGGCAUGGAGCAGACAUCAACGCCGUGGACCACUCAGGUCGUUCUGCACUGAUGGUGGCUGCCGACAAUGGCCGAAGUGGUGCUGUGGCCCUGCUGCUGCACCGAGCCAAAGCCGACCUGUCCCUCCUGGAUGUGAACAAGAACACUGCCCUGCACCUGGCCUGCAGCAAGGCUAAUGAAAUGUGUGCCAUGCUGAUCCUAAAGGAGAUCCACAACCCUAUCCUCAUAAAUGCAACCAACAGUAUGCUUCAGAUGCCCCUCCACAUUGCCGCCAGAAAUGGUCUGGCCACCGUGGUUCAGGCCUUGCUGAACCGUGGAGCCACAGUGCUGGCAGUGGAUGAGGAAGGUCAUACGCCAGCCCUGGCUUGUGCGUCCAAUAAAGCUGUUGCCGACUGCCUCGCUCUCAUUCUGUCAACCAUGAAGCCUUCCUCCUCCACGCCCUCUUCAUCCUCGCCGUCUUCUCCCAGCUUCAACCUGCUCAAGCACUGUGGCAUCACCGCCGCCUGUCCCCCCCUGCCCAAUGGAGGCCUUCGCCAUGGUUACGGCAAAGAUCGCCAUGGUGCUACUAUCGGCUUGGAUGGCUACUUGACCGAGUGAGGCGUUAUUACUCAAAAAAAAAAAA